AUGGCUCUGGCUGGAGCUGCUGCUCUUCAAGAAGCAGAGAAAGACAACGAGACAGAGGCAAUAAUUCAAGAAGAGGAGCAUCAUGUUGACAAGCGGUCAACAUAUUGUCCCGAUGGCUGGACUAAGUACAACAUCCGCUGUUUCCUCUUUGUUCCCGAAGCCUUGAGCUGGGCUCAAGCUGAGAAAAACUGCCUGUCCAAGGGUGCACACCUUGCAUCGGUUCAUGGAACGGAGGAGUACAACCAGAUUAAAAGUAUGAUUGAAGAAAAAACUCAUGAGUAUCCUGAGACAUGGAUUGGAGGCUCUGACAGCCAAGGGGAUGGUGUUUGGCUCUGGAGUGAUGGCACACCUUUCAUUUUCUCAUACUGGUGCAGCGGAGAACCUACUACGCAGCAAUGUUUACAGAUGAACUACGGAGGUAAACCAUGA